AUGGUUGCAAGGCGACCAAUUUAUACCAACCCUGCCGCUUCGGCUGAGCGGUGCGACGCUGCUCAAGCGGGCGCCGUCGCGAGAUUCCAUCAGUCACUUCCCAACUAUGCUCCAACCCCGCUAGUUUCGCUGCCAGAGCUUGCGACCGAAUUUGGAGUUCGGGCUGUCUUUGUCAAGGACGAAAGUAAUCGGUUCGGUCUGCCCUCUUUCAAGGUUCUCGGGGCAUCUUGGGGAUGUUUCCGUGCCAUUGCACAGCAUCUUGGAUUGCCGCCAACGGCUACUCUUGACGAGGUUUCCACUGUCGCAAAAGCUAGCGCAAUUAUUCUGACUGCUGCCACUGAGGGAAACCAUGGAAGAGCCGUGGCCUUCAUGGCCCGGCUAUUAGGAAUUCAUGCUCAUAUUUUCGUUCCCCGGUCAAUGGACGAAUGCACACGCGGUUUGAUCGCGGGGGAAAAUGCCUCGGUGCAUGUUGUUCAGGGGUCCUAUGAUAUGGCAGUCCAAGAAGCUUCAGACCGCGCGAACAAAUUUGAACGUGCACUUUUAAUCCAGGACACUGCAUUCGAAGAUUACGAGAGUGUUCCUGCAUGGAUUGUGGAGGGGUAUUCGACGAUGCUGAGUGAGGCCGAGGAACAGAUCGCUCAACUCGGCUUAUCGGCCAGCGCGAUGGUGACUCCUGUUGGCGUUGGUAGCCUUGCACAUGCAGUGGUCAGGCAUUGCAAGUCCAGGAAGGUCCCGGUAUCUGUUAUUGCUGUCGAACCGGACUCAGCUCCUUGUCUGUUCAAGAGCCUUCGAGCCGGAAAGUCGACCAUUGUGGAGACUUCAUCUACCAUUAUGGAUGGCAUGAAUUGCGGCACUGUCUCAUCGACUGCAUGGCCGGACCUUCAGCGCCUUGUUGAUGUCUGUGUCACGGUGUCAUCUCAUGAGAGCCAUAGCGCUGUCCAAUACCUCACCUCUAAAUCAGUGGCAGCUGGUCCAUGUGGCGGUGCAUCUCUGGCUGCACUGCGGCGACUAGCUACAGAGGCCGACAGGCCCCCCACUCUUCACAAGGAUGCGGUUGUGGUUCUUCUUAGCACCGAGGGUGCACGGGAAUAUCCAACCCCACGGGAUGUUUCUGUGGAAGAUGCAGUGGGCUUGACCCGGAUACUCACCCAAAUCAACUCCUCCAACCCCACAUUGUCGGUCAGCGAUGGGGCUGGGGAGAGUGAGAUUGUGGAUUAUCUUUCUGCUUGGUUUGCCCACCGCGAUAUCGAAUUUCACCGCAUUGAAACCGUCGCUGGACGGCCGUCCAUCCUGGGCAUUAUUCGCGGGAGUGGAGGCGGCAAAUCCCUCAUGUUCAACGGACAUAUUGACACCGUCAGCCUUUCUAGCUAUGAGGGGGAACCUCUUUCCGGAUCCUUAGCUAUGAAAGAAGGGGAAGAGGUUGUGCUUGGAAGAGGCAGCUUGGAUAUGAAAGGUGGCGUGGCAGCAGCAUUGGCAGCACUGUCAUCUAUCAAGGCCAGCGGCCAAAUCCCUCGUGGCGAUAUUAUUGUCGCUGCUGUAUCCGAUGAAGAGGAUGCCUCUCAGGGAACUCAAGACCUUUUGGCUGCUGGCUGGAGAGCGGACGCCGCAAUUGUGGCGGAACCAACGAUGCAGACGAUCGCCACUGCACACAAAGGCUUUGUGUGGGUCGAAAUCGAUAUUCUGGGAGUUGCUGCCCACGGAUCCGAUCCUUCAGCAGGAGUAGAUGCGAUUCUUCAUGCCGGGUGGUUCUUGCGGGCUCUCGACCAGUAUCAAGCCCAACUUCCUAUAGAUGAUCUUCUCGGCCGGGCAACACUGCAUUGCGGGUUGAUUCGAGGUGGUGAAGAGCCGUCUUCCUAUCCUGGAAAAUGCACCGUGACUGUUGAGUUUCGAACCGUCCCAGCUCUGACAGAAGAAUCUAUUCUGGGCGACUUGUCUGCGAUGCUUUGGACCAUCACGCAGGACAACCCUGGCUUCCGAUACGCUGAUCCUCGCAUAACCAUAUCCCGCCCAACACACAAGCUUGCCACAGACCAUUCCUUAGUUGAGAAGGCCGUUGAGUGUGGAUCUGCUGUCUUUGGUAGUAAGCCUUCUGUUCAGAGUAUGCCAUUCUGGUGCGAAGCGGCCCUGUUGGGUCAGGCUGGCAUUCCAUCCAUCGUGUUUGGUCCUGCUGGUGCAGGGUUGCAUAGUAAAGAGGAAUGGGUCAAGGUCACCACCUUGCAGCAGAUGGAGAAAGUCUAUACUAUCUUGGCGCGGGAUUUCUGUUAUUGA